UCGUCCCAACUAGAAUCGAACAUGAAGUGGCUGCUUCUCAUUUUACUGUUAAUCACGUCUUUUCGUGCCGCGUUCUCCUACACCACGCUCAGUGGGUCUGCCUCUUGGGCCAUCGCCGGUGGACCUAUUAUCCCCUGUCCUAACCCAGGCGAGAGCAGAGAUAGGAAUGGACGUUGUAGGAAGAUAGCGAGUUUUAAUCAAUCAUUACAUCACUGAUGUGCAGAAACAAUUCUACGAAGUAAAGAUUGAGUGAAGAAAACAUCUUUAACCUUGUUCUCAUUAAACAGACGACGUUAUCAGUUUGGCACUUUACCCCGUGAUGACCCGCGUUCACAAUCAAGUUUGAUGUCAGUGCAGUGUUACAGUUGGGCCAACUAGUGAACAAUGGGAGGCAGCGUGAGGUACAUUUUGGUGGUUCUGCUGUUAACUUUACAUCACAAUGAGGGAUUUCGGAUAUUUCAAAGAGUAAAGGAGUUUCUACACGGCACCACUACGACAACGACAACGACGACGACGAGUACGACAGAACUUCCCGUCUACGACGAGGUGAUUGAUGAUGUGUUAGACGCGUCCUGGAAGAGUCAACCUCAGAGAUUACCCUCGAGUUCCCCGUCCACGACCGCUGAUGACGGAUUUCUUAUGCCCGACGACCCUCAACUGAUGGGAACUGGAGUAGAUGGUACUGAUAGGUUGCUCCUCGACGAGAAUACGUCCUCGACUCAGAAGACUCCAGUACCGGUACCCGUUGACAAUGGCAGGGUGCUCAUAGACGCACCCCCCAGAAGCUGUGGUCCAGGCCAGAGAUUAGAUCGUUCAGGAAAGUGUAGGAGAGCUUUCAAGUAAGUGAGAAAAGAUAUGGCGUCUACUGUGGAUACAAAGGCUCUUCCCAGAAGGAACAUUUUGUAUCUCGAAAACAACGCCAUCAUAUCUGUAAUUACAGGGAAAAGCAUGAUUCUGUAAUAUUUCGAUCCAUUUAUAUCAUACAUAUUAUUUAUAAAUAAAACUAAGCUACUACACA